AUGGAAGAGCUAACGCCUCUGCAGAAGAGCCUUCUAGACAAAUACGCUACUCUUUCUAAGAGCUUACAUGGCUUGGAUGAUAGUAUAAAAAUGUUGCGAGAAGCCAAGGACUCCGAGUCACCAGAACAGGUACUGCGACGGCUGCGUGAAAUCGAGGUGAAAAUAGCAUUGGUGGGGACUUUGUUUAAGGGAAGUGUUUAUUCGCUUGUUUUGCAACGCAACAAAGAAGUUGGAAACUAA